UCCAGCCAAGACUGGUCGACUAGCAUAGCAGGUCAGAUUGGCUGCGGUAAGAAGAGGAGCAGAGGCUUCACCAAAUCACAAAUCUAGGAUUUUCAUUUUACUUGGUCUCCUCCCUGGAAUCCUGGCAACAGGUGUGUGUAGUUGCCCUUCGAGGAACCCUAGCCUGGGGUUGCUAUGGAGAUAGGACGCUGCAACUUGCAGAGCCGCUGGGACCCAGGAAUCGCUCAGCAGACCUCAACAAGGUAACUGCCCUGCGUUGCCUCUUUCCAUAUCUGCACGCCCCCUUCAUCCACAACGUCGUUUUUUCUCGACUCCUUCCAUGGAAGACUUGACGUCCCCAAAGGAAGAAAAGGCAGACCAAGAAGUGGGGGAAGUAGGGCGGCCAUGGGAAGAAAUAACAGUAGCUUCUUCCCAAGAUCCGGAGUCUGGUUUAUCUGAGCCCCUGGAGUCGGAGCAGGGGCCAGAAAGAGGACCCCAACCCAGAAGCAGCCCUCCUCGGAGCCCACAGUCUAGAACCAGCACUCCUCUGGAUGACCUCACAGGACCAGACGCAUCAUCUGCACCUUCCCCUCCUCAGGAGGCCCCUUCCCCUCCUUCUAUCCUGACUCUGGCCAGACAGGAGCUUGGCACACCUUGGCAGUCGGACAAAACCCCUGAUGUGGAUCCCAAAGCUGAGACACCUCGCUCCCCCCAUUUGGAACAAUCAUCUGAUAAAGGAGAAUCGACUGCUCCUCAAAUGUGCCAAUCAGAAGGAAACAUCUUUCAACAGUCUCAGCAAACCGGACAUCACCUGUAUGGCCCAGAAGAUGUGAGUGAGAACAACUCUAAACAAAAAGAGCUGAGAUUUAACAUCUUUCAGGAGGAAGACUCAAACAGUAACUAUGAUCUGGAUUGUGCUGAGCCUGGGGUUUCAGAAGUGGCCCCCAGCCUGCUUGAGAUUGCCAUUCAGAGUGCUAAGGCUUACCUACUGAAGACCAGUAGCAAGUCUGGCUUAAAUUUAUAUGAUCAUCUUUCUGAUAUGCUCACGAAGGUCUUAGAUGAGCGUCCUGAAAAUGCUGUGGACAUCAUUGAAAGUAUCAGCCAGGAUGUGAAGAUGGCACAUUUUAGGAAAAAAUUAGAUACACUACAAAAUGAGAAUGAGAUGCUUCCAACAUAUGAAAUAGCAGAGAAGCAAAAGGCUCUUUUUCUUCAGGGAAAUUUGGAGGGAGCCGACCAAGAACUGGAAGAUGAAAUAGCAGAAAACUCUCUCCCAAACCUAAUGGAGUCAGCCUUUUAUUUUGAACAAGCUGGAGUUGGCUUGGGCACAGAUGAGACUUAUCGCAUAUUUCUCGCCCUCAAGCAGCUUACUGACACCCACCCAAUCCAAAGAUGCCGCUUCUGGGGCAAGAUCUUGGGUCUGGAAAUGAAUUACCUGGUGGCUGAAGUAGAAUUCCGGGAGGGCGAGGAUGAAGAGGACAUAGAAGACGAAGAUGUCCCUGAAGAGAGGGACGAUGGAGACAGUGGAGCUGAUGAAGACGACGAAGAUGAAUUACCCAGGGCGUUUUACAAGACCCCACAGGCUACCCCGAAAGAAGAAAGCAGAACAGGGGCCAACAAGUAUGUGUAUUUUGUUUGCAACGAACCGGGCCGACCAUGGGUGAAGUUACCAUCGGUGACACCUGCACAAAUAGUCACUGCAAGAAAAAUCAAGAAGUUUUUCACUGGGCGUUUAGAUGCUCCCAUUGUGAGCUACCCGCCUUUUCCAGGCAAUGAGAGCAAUUAUUUACGAGCACAAAUUGCCAGAAUUUCAGCAGGGACCCAUGUCAGCCCUCUGGGAUUCUAUCAGUUUGGCGAAGAGGAAGGAGAAGAGGAGGAGGAGGUGGAAGGCAGGCGAGACAGCUUUGAAGAAAACCCCGAUUUUGAAGGCAUCCAAGUGAUUGAUCUCGUGGAAUCUCUAUCCAAUUGGGUUCAUCAUGUGCAACACAUUCUCUCUCAGGGUCGCUGUAAUUGGUUUAACCCCAUACAAAAGAGUGAGGAGGAGGAAGAGGAGGAGGAUGAAGAAAAAGAAGAAAAAGGAGAAGAGCCUGACUAUAUAGAACAGGAAGUGGGGCCUCCUCUUUUGACACCGAUCUCUGAAGAUUUAGAAAUCCAGAAUAUACCACCUUGGACAACACGGCUGUCCUCAAAUCUCAUUCCUCAAUAUGCUAUUGCAGUCCUUAGAUCCAACCUUUGGCCUGGAGCAUAUGCCUUUUCCAAUGGCAAAAAGUUUGAAAAUGUCUACAUAGGCUGGGGUCAUAAAUAUAGUCCAGACAACUAUACACCUCCAGCUCUACCCCCAGUUUGUCAAGAAUACCCCAGCGGAGCAGAAAUUACAGAAAUGGAUGAUCCUAGUGUGGAGGAAGAGCAGGCUUUCAGAGCCGCUCAAGAAGCAGCUGCUCUUCCUGCUGAGGAAAUGGAAGAAACUGAGGAAGAUGAAGAUGAGGAAGAUGAUUAGGACCAAGAAUAAAAUCAGCCCAGUCUUGUGUGAGACUGGUACACAUACACCACGUGUGGAACCAGUUUUACAUAUAUAAUAUGUAGUAACAGUUACGUAAAAAUUGGCAACUCUUCAUGUGCAAAAUGUCAUUGCUUGAAAAUGUCAUUUGGAAUUUUGUAUGUGCGACUAUUAAUAUGUACUUAUAAAGAGAUGCUUGAUGGGUUUUCCAGAGGCUUAAAUGACAUAUUCUUAUAUCACUGUUAUGAUGAUUACAGCUAGUAGAAUGUGUAUUCUUAAAAAAAAAGUCUUAGGUUUAUUUUCUAAUAUGGAAACAUGGAAAGAUGUAAUCCACAAAAUCUUGGGGACUUUAAUAUUUGUUGGUGGGUAUUGAGGCCAAAAAUAUUGAUAAUCCCUGAAUUAGAGCAUGUGUUUUUAACUAGCCUGUGAUACUGUAUGUGAAUAUUUUGUUUGAGUUUGUAUGGGGAGGGUUGUUUUUUGUCUUGUUUUGUUUUGUUGGGGAGAGGAUUUAUAAUUUUAUCACCUGCUCAAAGAUGGGAACACUCAAAACUUUUACUUGUUAACUUCUUAAAAAGGUUGUCAGUCUGACUCCUUUUCCUUACAGAAAUUGGUUUGAUCUGACUGGGGGAAAAUGAUCUGCACAGAGAUGGCUGGCUGGAAUAUCCAGGCUUCAGAUUACUACUUUUCUACUCCUAUUUAUCUAAAAAUGAGUUUAUUAUUUCCAUUCACUAAAAAAGUAUUUUUGAGUCCUUUAUGUGCCAGGCACUCUGAGACUACUGCUAAAAAGUAGCAAUUGCUCCUGAAGUCUUUGAGCUUCCAUUCAAGGAAGGGAAUAUGAAAAGAGGAAUUGAAAAUUAGAAUAGAUUGCGACUUAGCAGGUAUUGUAAUAUAAAUGUCACAGGGUACCACAGAACAGUGCUUCUCAAAUUCUGUGAAGUACCAAUUUUAAAAAAAAUUAAAGAUUUGAGAGAGAGAGUACACAAACAGGGGGAGGGGCAGAGGGAGAAACAGACUCCCUGAUAAGCAAGAAGCAAGAUGCACAGCUCACGCUUAACUGACCGAGCCACCCAGG